AUGGGUCCUGCCGUUCUCUUCUUCCUCGUGCUUGCGGCUGCAGCACCCUUGCACUUGGCGGCGCAAACCUUGGAUGAUUCCAUGGCCAAACCCUCGACGGUUUGGAUCAACAACAUUUUUCUCGGCCUCGGCAUCAGCGGCCUCCGCACCAUCGUCACCCGUCCUCUAGGACCAGAAACUCAAGCUCGCCAUGACUCCGAACAUGAUGUUGCCGCAGGGUUCAUAUGUGUCUACUCCCAGUCACCAUGCAACGAUUUCCUCUUUGCAGUAUUCAUUUACGAGAAGUAUAGUUUGAGCAUCAAUGCAGUUGAUGCCAAAGAUAUAAAAGCUCCGCAGGUGUUCUGGUCUGCCAACCGGGCUCGCCCUGUCAGGGAGAAUGCAACCCUUGAGCUUACCUCCAAUGGGAACCUGGUCCUCGGCAAUGACGAUGGUAGCCCUGUCUGGUCCAGCGGCACCUCAGGACGGUCUGUAGCCAGCAUGGUGAUGACCGACAUGGGCAAUCUUGUGUUGUUCGAUCAGAGAAAUGCAACAGUGUGGCAGUCGUUUGAUCAUCCUACUGACACAUUGCUCCCUGGGCAGUCACUUCUGAAAGGUAUGAAGCUGAAAGCAAGUAGCUCUGCAACAAAUACGACUGAGAAUCAAUUGUAUAUCACUUUAGCCCCGUAUGGGUUAUGUGCUUAUGUUGAAUCCACACCACCACAACCCUACUACUGUUCAUCAUUGGUACCCGGCGUCAAGAAAGGAAAUGAUCCAACAAAUGUUACAUUCAUGAAUGGAUGCCUCACCAUCUCUGUGCAGUCAGAUUAUUAUGAUCAAAUCCCAUUGCCAGCCACUACAUCGACCCAGUACAUGACAUUAGAUUCAGAUGGACAUAUGAGAGUGUAUGAAUGGUCUGAUAGAAAAUGGAGAGUGAAUUAUGAUUUAAUGCAAAUAGAUGAUUGUGCUUACCCAACAGUAUGUGGGGAGUACGGCAUAUGCAGCCAGGGGCAAUGUACUUGUCCACUUCAAAACUAUUCUACUUUAGACUACUUCAAGCCUGUGGAUGAGCGGAAGCCAAAACUUGGUUGCACUCCAACAACUGAAAUAUCUUGUCAAGAAAUACAACACCAUCGGCUCUUGAUACUUACUGAUAUUUCUUACUUUGAUAACAGCCACGAGGUUAUGAAUUUAGACGAAGAUGACUGUAAGCAGGCCUGCUUGAAGAACUGCUCAUGUAAGGCCGUUAUGUUCAGCUAUAACCGAUCGGGUCCUAGCAGAUGUACCUGGAUGGUAAAGGUCUUUUCCUUGCAAGCAAUACAACCUAUAGCCAACUUAAGUUCCUCUGUUUACCUCAAGGUGCAGCUUAGCCCCUCCAUUUCUGCAUCAACUUCAAACAAAACAAAAGUAAUGUUAGGUGCUACAUUUGGAGCUAUUGUCACUCUUGUAUUGCUUGUCAUUAUUGUCACUCUUUAUCUGCGAAGGAGAAAUAAGUACGAAGACAAAGACGAGGAAUUUGAUUUAGAUCAAUUUCCUGGAAUGAAAACAAGGUUUUCUCUUGAUAAGUUGACAGAAUGCACUGAAGGAUUCGGCAAGAAACUCGGAGAAGGUGGGUUUGGGUCAGUUUUUGAAGGGAAAUUAGGUGAAGAUAGAAUUGCGGUAAAACGUUUGGAAGGUGCUAGACAGGGAAAGAAAGAGUUCUUGGCAGAGGUUGAGACUAUUGGCAGCAUUGAACACAUCAAUCUUGUCAACCUGAUUGGGUUUUGUGCAGAGAAGUCCGAGAGGCUUCUGGUAUAUGAAUAUAUGCCAAGAGGAUCGCUUGAUAGGUGGAUCUAUUACCGUCAUAACAACGACCCUCUUGAUUGGUGUACUCGUUGUAGGAUCAUAUUGGAUAUUGCCAAGGGCCUGUGUUAUCUUCAUGAGGAGUGCAGGCGAAAAAUUGCUCAUCUUGACAUCAAACCACAAAAUAUUCUCUUGGAUGAUAAUUUCAAUGCCAAAGUAGCUGAUUUUGGACUAUGUAAGUUAAUAAACAGGGACCAAAGCAAGGUAGUAACCGUGAUGAGAGGAACACCUGGAUAUCUGGCACCUGAAUGGUUGACAUCACGGAUCACUGAAAAAGUGGAUGUCUACAGCUUUGGAGUUGUUGUCAUGGAAAUAGUAAGUGGAAGAAAAAAUAUUGACAAUUCUCAAGCCGAGGAGGAAGUUCAGCUCAUACAUAUAUUACGGGAAAAAGAACAAAACAGUCAAUUAAUUGACCUGAUCGACAAACAUAGUGGUGAUAUGGUGUCACACCAGGAGGAAGUGAUUCAAAUGAUGAAGCUCGCAGUGUGGUGCUUGCAAAAUGACAGCACUCGAAGGCCUUCAAUGUCAACAGUGAUCAAGGUAUUGGAAGGUUCAGUGGGCGUAGAAACUUUUGAUGCAAAUUCAAGCAUGUUUGUUCAAGAUAAUCUGUCCACACAUUCAGGUCCAUCUCAAGCAUCCAUAUUAUCAGGCCCAAGGUGA